AUGUCGUUCAAGUCUGAUGUUGUCUUCGAGGAAAUCAAGGAGAGAAUCCAUACCGAUAAGGAGAUGGUGAAGAAGGUCGGAACCUCAUUCCGCAUCAAUAUUGCUGGAACCGAUGGAACCACUAAAGUAUGGACCAUUGAUGCUGACCCAAACAACCCGUAUGUCGGAGACGACAAAACUCGCAAAGUCGAGAUUGAGAUCAACAUUAAAGAUAACGAUUUCGUGAGCAUCGCUGCUGGAAAAAUGAAGCCUGAUCAAGCUUUUAUGCAAGGAAAAAUGAAGCUCAAGGGAAACAUUGCCAAAGCGAUGAAGCUGAGAACCAUUUUGGACCCAAAGAUGCUCAAAGCCAAACUCUAA